AUGGCCUCGAUUGCGCGCCAGACCCCCCUGCUCAGGCAGUCCUGCCUGUCUGCCUUCCGAUCGCCGUUGGCUAGCAGAAAUGCCGCCGGAGUGUCGCAGACCGUGGCUUUCCAUGCCUCUGCCCAGAAGCAGAUUCUGCCUCCUUUGCCUCAGACUGUUGAAGGAACAUUGAACGACCCUGCUCCUGUUCCCGAGCCUCACCCUUCGCACGGUAGCUACCACUGGGUUUUCGAGAGAGCCGUCUGUGUCGGUCUUGUUCCUCUCACCAUUGCUCCCUUCGCUGCUGGAUCGCUCAACCCCGUCACUGACGCCAUCCUUUGCUCCCUGCUCGUCGUUCACUCCCACGUUGGAUUCGACGCCUCGAUCACCGACUACUUCCCCGGAAAGCGUGUCCCCAAGACCAAGACUAUUUUCAGCUGGCUGCUGCGCGGUUUCACCCUCACCACCGCCGUUGGUCUGUAUGAAUUGGAGACCAACGACGUUGGUUUGACAGAGACCAUCAAGCGGGUGUGGAAGGCAUAA